AUGGCCGCUCCGCAGCAACCGUACGCGCAGCCGUUCCUUCAGUUCGUCUCCUCCCCUGCACCGCUAGCGAGAUGGGACCAGUGCGCGCAUCCUUCCGCCACGCUCGCACUCUCUCCGCCCCCCGCGCCGUCACAUCUCCCGCCGUUUUCGCACAAGCCUACCACGUUUGCGUUCCCCCACACUGGACCCCCAGCCCCGACGGAUCCCACCGCGCCCUUACCCAAAUACGCGUCUCCGUUUCCCCUCGACAAUCUCGAAGGUUUCCGUGCCUCCGUUCCCGCGUUUGAGUCAUUUGCCCCCGCUGUAGGCACUGCCGCUACUGUCACGUCUGUCCAGCAAUCCCUCCCAGCGUCUCCCCACACCUUCGGCCUAGAGCAUCUCACGCGUAGGGAGGACAGGCGGGCAGGUACCGUUUCCGCGACACUCCCCGCAACUGCCGCUGCGUCGGCGGCCCGCGCCGACGGGCCGUCGCCCCACGCACCUCCCCCCGCACCCUUCCGCUUCACUUUUUCUCAGAACCAGCCGCAAAUUCCGCGUCUUAACCCGCUGCAAAUCCCUUCACAACCCAACGCCCUUCACAUGUCCUCCGCCCAUGCGCCCCUCGCUGCAUGCCUCCUCAACUCUCUCCGCGCCGGCCUUCCGUCCCUUCCGUCCCUUCCGUCCGAUCACCCCGCUUUGCCCGCUCUCAAUCCUCUCGAGGUCUGGGCUGCAGCAACAGCGGCAGCGGCGGCGGCAGCGGCGGCGGCGGCAGCGGAUCUAGUAGCGGCGGGUGGAGCGCCGGGGCACGAACGCAGCGAGCAGGCGCCAGCAGCAGCGGCUGGUUUUAGACUUGCUGGCGGCACCGCUGAGGGAGGCUUUGGUGGGGGUGAUGGGGAUGGGGGUACGGCGUAUGGGGGUGAGGCGAGGGGGGGCGGCGGUGGUAUUGGUGUUUACGGGGGUGACGCUGUUGGAAAUAGUCAGGCGCGUUGCGGCACGGCGGAACAGCCUGAGUAUCACGACGCCCUUCCGUUACAGAGAGCUGCUCUCGAGAGAAACCAGAUCGCGAUGGACGGUUGUGGAAGAAGGGAAGUGCUUCCUGGUCUUGCGCUGAAUCAAGUCCAGCAGUCCACUCAGCUGCUGCUGCGACAACAGCAGCAGCAGCAGCAGCAGGAGCAGGUGGUGCAAAAUUCGUUUCUCGCGCACCUGCUUCAGAGGGGGAGCGGUGCUCCCUUUACCCCCUCCCCUUGUGUCCCCGCCUCCGCCGCUUUCGCAGCAGAACCGACCGCUACGAAACCGGGGUUAGCAACGGGCGUGGACGUUGCAAUUGGGUUUGGGACGCGGACUGGUGUUAAAACCGCAGAUUUCUUUUCGGUGCCGGCAGCACUGCAACCUGUAUACGAUGUUCAAGGCACGCAUCAGCAGCAGGGCUAUAUGAUUCAGCAAGACUUCCAGCAGCAGCAAAAACAACAGCAGCAGCAUCAGCAGCAGCAGCAGCAGCAGCAGGCGCUGCAGGCCUGGGCGGGGCUGGGAUCUGGAGAUCUCCGCGCCUCCGUAUCCAACAUCCAUGCUCUUGGCCUUUUCCCGCAUGCGCAAUCAGCACUACCUCCAAACGGUCCUGCGCGCGCCCCUCCCUUUCCGCCGUCCACGCCUCUCGCUUCCCCCGCGCCUGCUGCCUUCCUCCCCGCGCAGAAUGCUCCCCCCGCCGCGUUGACCCCGUCCGGAGCGCACACCGUGUUUCCCGCACAUCUUUUGCACUCCCCCGCUCAUCCCGCCGCGCACCCGCCGGCGCAUCUCCCCGCGGAGCUGCCCGUGGCCGGCGCGCGGACAAGCGUCCCGCCGUCCAGGCCGCCUGUCCCGGAUAUGGGCCAUGCGGUGGGGCAAGAGGAGUGGGAAGUGGGCGAUUCAGUAGGGGGCUGCUGGUCUCACGAUCGCCCUGACGAGCCACGGGCAAAGCGGGCGAGGGGAACGACGGGCGACGGGUUGGGUAGAGGCGGAAGGAUGGAGAAAGGGCUGGGCCGGUUGGAGAUGGUUGGUAAAUGGUCCGGAGGAUUUGGGAAGAAAGCAGAGCAGGUGGCUUCAGUGGCAGAUGAUUUCAAGGUUGGAGAACUGUCCUGGGAGGAAAGCUCAGGCGAGAACAGUGACUUAGAGGAACCCUUAGAGGUGUUCAGAGGAGGGGCAGCAGCAGCAGCAGCAGCAGCAGCAGCAGCAGCAGCAUCUUCCGUUUUUUGGCGAUUUCCAGGAGAGGAAGCGACGCAAUGGGAUCAGUGUGAGGCUGCAGCAGCUGAAGCAGGUGCUGCCGCAGGGGCAGUCGCGGAUGACAAUGGAGACAGUUCUUGGGCAGGCAUUGGAACUCAUAUCGGAUUUAAAAGGGGUUUCCAAACUGCGCUCACUUUCAACGUCGCCAUCACCAUGGGUCAGGGCGUGUCGCGAGAGGAAAUGGUGUAUCAGGCGACACAGAGAGCGGAUGUUGGCGGAAUAAAGCGGCUCCGGCAGGAAGGCGUGGGUAUGGAGUGGCGAGACAGCCACGGUCGCACGUCGCUCAUCAUCGCAUGCAGUCGCGCGGACAUGCUUCCUGUCGCACGCCUCCUGCUUCAGCUGGGUGCUGACGUCAACGCUUACGUUCGAGGGGCGCAGGGCGGAACAGCCAUCCACCAGGCGGCGAGGAAGGGGCUGGAUCAGACAGUACAGCUUCUGCUCGACUAUGGAGCGGACCCCCUGCGCCCCAACGACAUAGGCAGGCGCGCGCUGGACAUAGCGUGGGAGCAGCACCGCCCCACCAUGGCGCGCAUCAUAGAGAACCGUGUGGCACUCUACAUUGGCUUUGUGCGGCAGCAGCAGCUGUCCGGACCAGCCUUCUUGCAGGCGCUCGUGCCUCAGUGGGUCUCCAAGAAAGUGUGGGUGGCAGUGGUGCCGGGAUCCCAAGGCACUAACGCUCGGCAGCGACUAAACAUUUAUGCCUCACCCUCGGCCCCCAUGGCAACAGAGGUGCUGCUACACCACUGCCGCGUGUACCUCACCAAGCAGGACACACACGACCCUGUGCUCGUUAUAGAGGACAUGCAGAGAGCUGAGAAGUACAAGUUCUCAGCGGACAAGGAUUCUGGAGAGUCAGGGCAGAUGCAGAAGCUCUACAACGCUUGCCAGGGCAUUCCUCAGCGCCAAGUGCGUGCACCCUCGGCACAGCAGCACGGGAGUCAACGAGACAGCAGCCGUCAGUCAGCUGCUGCGAGUGCUCCCAGUGCCGCUGCUGGAUCAGACAUGGGUGGCUGGGAUGCUGUCCCCCCUCCUCCCACAGCUUAUGGUGGCUGGGACUCUGGGCCCUCCACUUCCGAUCACCCUCAUCCCUUCUCUCCUGCUGCCGCUGCUGCUGCAGCAGCAGCAUCAGCCACUGUUGCGCGCCGAUUCCCGCUGCUGGGCGGGCGCGAGUCUUGCCCAUGGGUGGUGGGGGACGGGGAGGGGGAAGAGGAGCCAUGGGAGGAAGGCGAGUUGCUUGACGUCAGCUACUCGCAAGAUGACGACAGCAGCAUCAUCGGCAGCGAUGGCGGUUAUGGUAGUGACCGCCUCGCCAUCGAUCCUGCCACGUCAGCGGCUUCGAUCGCAGCGGCUAUCUAUGCGCGGAGGGAACACUUUUUCUCCACCACCAUCCCCGAAUCCUCCUCGGCUAAUGCGGCUGCUGCUGCGGCGGCGGCGGCGGCGGCGGCGGCGACGGCCGCGACGACUCCUCUACAGGGAAACUGGAACACGUCGCCUUACUCCGUUCCACCCGCUAUUAUCGACAUUCCCGAAGCGCAAAACUUUGAGAAUUAUCCCGGUUACCGACAAUCUUUUAGAUAUGAUACCCGCGACUCCCCAGUCAGCAUCAGCCGUUCAUCCUCUAUUGUUUCCGCCGUCUCUCCCCGCUCGACCGCUGUUCCCCCCCGCUCGUCCACCAUCUCCCCGCGCUCUUCCGCCCGUUCCCCGCGCUCUACGUCUUUCUCCUCGCGCGCUAACGUAAGCCCGUCCGCGCGCGCCAUAUCCCGCGAGUACAUGGCGCAACCCGUGUGGGGCGGAGGUGAAUACAGAGAGCGGAGAGGGCGGAACGCAGUGUUGGGGAGGGAGGUGCAGAGGGAGGAAGGGGAGGAAACGGCGGAGAGGGCCUUUUCUGCGCCUUCCAGAGAAGAGGGCAACUCUAGCGGAGGAGGAGGCGGAGGAAGCGGAAGUGAUUACCACCUACGGCAGCAGCGCAACCCACGGCAGGGUAGUCAGCGCGGGGAGCAAGAAGGGCAACGCGAGACGCAAUCUGUGCAACGCAUUGACGAGCACAGCCCUAGCAAGCCUCCUGCUUCUGGUUCUUCCAGCCAUGUCCCCGCCUCCUCUUCCCUCUCCCUGCAUCCCUUCCGCCUGGCUCUGGGCCUUCGCAUCGGCACAGAGGACGACGAGGACUCGUUCCUUAUAGACAGCUUUGGCAGCCGGGGCAGUGACAGUAGAGGGUGUGACAGUAAGGGGAGCAGGGGGAGCAGGGGGAGUGACGGUAAGGGUGGGGAUGGUAGAGGGGGUGAGAAGUGGCUGCCGCUGCUGACGCCGGCGUUUGUGAGGAGUAACAGUGAUGUGGGUAGCCCUGCUUGGAAGAGAGGGGAGGAGAAAAGGAGUGCGUGGGAGGCGGAUAAGAGGAGGGCUGGGUAUAGGCGACGGUUUGAGGAGCAUAUGAUGCGAGGGGGAGAGAGUGCGGUGGAGGAGAGGGAGGGUGGGGUGGAAGGGAGAGAGAGUGGGUUGGAGGGGGGAGGAGGAGAGUUGGAGGGAAGAGAAGGUGGGUUGGAGGAGAGGGAGGAUUUUGAGGAGCAAGAGAGGGAAGGAAGGAAGGCGAUUCAUACAGUGAUGAUGGGAAAAGAAGAGGAGACACACGAGGAAGUUGAGGAAGAGAAUGGGGAGGAGGAAGAGGAGGAUGGGGAAGAGGACGAGGAAGAGGAAGAGGAAGGGGCAGAGGAAGAGGAAGAGGAUGAGGAGGAGGAAGAGGAAGAGGAAGAGGAAGAGGAAGAGGAAGAGGAAGAGGAAGACGACGAGGAUGAGGAGGGAGAUGAGGAUGAGGAGGACGAUGAGGAGGAGCAAGAGGAUGCGAGCAACAGUGAGUUUGUGAGCGAGGAGAGUGGAAGCUUCUGGACUGAGUCAGAGGAAAGCAGUAUGCGCUGCCAUCCCAACCCCGCUCUUGCCACCCUUGCUGCUUCUUCCGCCCCUGCGUCAACUGUCGCUGCUUCUACUGGUGCUGACGGUGCCACCACCACCACCACACCGAAUGCUGGCUUGACUGCUGCUGCUGCUGCUGCUGCUGCUGCUGCUGCUGCUGGCGCUGGUGGUGUGAGGCCGGCGGUGGGUGGGAUGGAGCAAGGCGAGGUGGUUCAUAGAGUGGUUGUGUCGUCCUCUAUUAUGGACCUGCUAGUUAGGACUGCCAGCCAGCGGCAGCGGCAACUGGAACAGGUGCUGGUGGGGGAGGAGGGAGUGGGGGAGAGAGAUAGGGAGAGUGUGGCAGGGGGGAGUGAAAGUGGGGGUGUUGGGGAGAGGGAAGGGGGGAGUGUGCGGGAGGAGGGGAAGAGGUGGGACGGGAGAGGAGAGCGGGGAGGUUGGGAGGGAAGUGUGGGGGGCCUGAGCAGGUGUGUGUCGGAGGGAGAGUGGUAUGAGAGGUUAAGAGAGGUUGGAGGGGUGACAGGAUGGGGGGGAUUGGAAGGAUGGGAAAGGAGGGAAGGGGAGGAAGAGGUGAAAGGAGGGGAGCAACAGGGGGAUGGGAGGGAGGGCAGGGAAGGGCUACAGGUGUGGGGUGGAUUAGGGUUGAAGCAAGAAGUAUUGAGGCAUGAUAGAGUCACGGCUGGGUGUAAGGGCAGUGAUGGUGAUGGUAGUGGGAGCGGGAGCGGGAGUGGCAGUGGCAGUGGUAGUGGUAGUGGGAGUGGGAGUGGGAGUGACAGUGGGAGUGAGGGUGUGGUUGAGAAGGCGAGUGGGGAGGAGCGAGCGGAUGGAAAGGGAGGUUCGAGAGAUGUGGGUGCUGCACUGCGCAUGAUGGGGAGAGAGGAACGGGAGGCCGCACUGGGGGACGAUGGGAGGGGAUAUUGGAUUGCCUACUGGAGAGGACGUUCUUAA